GAUACUCAUCCUGUAGGUGUAGCCCGUCCUCUGGUUACUCUCUCUGGGACUAACUCUUGUAGAGUUAUUGUCAGUCUGGAGAUUUACAGGCCAAAACAGCGGACGUUGUCGAGAAAACCUUCAGAAACAUCGUCGGAGUCAUGAAAGCAUUCGCGUGAAGCCACACGCGACACACAAGCAACCGACAUGUUCGCACGCGGAUCAAAAAAGCGACGCUCCAAUCGCUCGUUAGAGGAUGAAGAUCCGGACAGAGGUCAGCCCUGUAUGCGCUGUGGAGAACAAUGUCCUGGUUUCCGUAUGCACGGAUGGAGGAAGAUCUGUGUGCACUGUAAGUGUGUUCGGGAAGAGCAUGUUGUGCGCUCGGUGCCUGGUCAGCUCGAAAAGAUGAUGAUGAAGCUGGUGUCGGACUUCCAAAGGCACUCGAUAUCCGACGACGAUUCGGGAUGUGCUUCAGAAGAAUAUGCAUGGGUGCCACCUGGACUCAAGCCUGAACAGGUUUAUCAAUAUUACAGCUGUAUUCCAGAAGAAAAGGUGCCGUAUGUAAACAGUGUUGGAGAACGACAUCGCAUUAAACAACUCUUACACCAGCUUCCAGCCCAUGACAGUGAGCCUCAGUACUGUAAUUCUUUGGAUGAAGAAGAGAAGAAAGAACUGCGGUUAUUCAGCCAGCAGAGGAAAAGAGAAAAUCUUGGUCGUGGGAUUGUUCGACUAUUUCCGGUCACCAUGACUGGAGCCAUCUGCCAACAGUGUGGAAGACAGAUCUGUGGUGGGGACAUUGCGGUGUUUGCGUCACGGGCAGGUCACGGCACCUGCUGGCACCCUCAAUGCUUCCAGUGUGCCUCCUGUAAUGAGUUGCUGGUAGAUCUCAUUUAUUUCUAUCAGGACGGUCACAUCUAUUGCGGCCGGCACCAUGCUGAGCGCAUCAAACCCCGCUGCCAGGCCUGUGAUGAGAUCAUCUUUGCGGAUGAGUGUACAGAGGCCGAGGGCCGACACUGGCACAUGAAGCACUUCUGCUGUUUCGAGUGUGAAGCAGCGCUGGGCGGUCAGCGUUACAUCAUGAGAGAGAGUCGUCCUUACUGCUGCUGCUGUUAUGAGUCCCUGUAUGCAGAGUACUGUGACACCUGUGGGGAUCAUAUCAGUAUAGACCAAGGACAGAUGGCAUAUGAGGGUCAGCACUGGCACGCCUCUGAAGAAUGUUUCUGCUGUGCCACCUGUCGACUCCCUCUGUUGGGCAGACCCUUCCUGCCUCGCAGCGGACUCAUUUUCUGUUCUCGCUCCUGCUCGCUGGGAGACGACCCGGAUAACUCAGACUCUUGUGAUUCGGCCCUGCAGAGCAAAUCGGUGUCACAUAAACUCACUCAAAAGAAGCAGCGUAGUUCUGGACCGCGACCACAGGGGGGCAGCAGUCCCACAGCUAUCAGAUCUAAAGACAGUAAAAGGAAGAACACCACAGUAACAGUCAAUGGGGGCAGUCAUUUUACACUGGAAAGCAAAGGUGUCUGCACUACAUUCCCUUCCAUACCAAAUGGUGACCCGCUACAAUAUGAACAAACACACACGCAGAACUUGCACCUGCUCUCUCCAGCAGGCAAUGACAGGUCAGAGUUAUCCUGCAAGGACCAAUCAGAGAGUCCAUACAGCGCUCUGGAGUUUACAGUGGAACUGAACGGCUAUGCUGAAUUCGGUCCUUUCCCAACAAGCUGCACGUCCAGAGGAACUUCAACUGCAAAGGAAUAUGGGAAUGCUGAAAGUUUUAUAGAAAUGUCCUCUUUACCUCAGCCAUCAGAUGAUUUAGCCGACUCCGACUCUUUCCCGCCACCUCCGCCUCCUGUCUUUUUCGACCCGUCUGAUUCUUCGGAUUCCCCACCCACUGUCGCUGAACCUGAAACCCCUCCUGUCACACCUGUGCGCAGCAGCACGGCCAGGGUCAGCUUCAGAGAGCCAAUCAGCUGCAGUUAUUCAGUGGAAGAGGAGGAUUGGGAUGAAGAGGAAACUGUUGAGGUCAACAGAAGACAAGAAGAUGAGGAGCAGGAGGAGGAUGAAGAAGAAGUGCUGGGAAGUUUGGGACACAGGUUGCGGUUCUGCACCGGAGUACCAUCACAGAUGGACGUGCUGGAUGGGUCGUACCAUCGCAACUUCCGACGGGGGCGCGGCGGUCACCUCGCCAUCGAAAAGCAUAUAAGACGUUCCCGAGGCUCACAGAGCGACAGACCUCGUCUGGACAUCCUGGAAUCCCGGGAAGGAGACCGGAGACACCGGUCCAACAGCGUUUUGGAUGGAAGAAAACACGGCAGUCUGACCCUGCACUCCACCCGAUACAGACACGAAGAGUCGUGCUCGACCUGUUCCUCGUCCUCGGAUUCAGAAGAGGAAGGCUUUUUUCUAGGUGAGCGUAUUCCUCUGCCACCACAGCUGACGGGAGGAGUGAAAGUGAGCGAUGGACAAAAAGAGGAAGUACAGAAGAGCAGAACAGGAAGCUUUAGGAGGGGACGAACACAGAGUCUCAGUACAAAAGAAAAGGACAACUGCAUACUGUCCUGAGACGGCCUUAUUAAAAACUCUAACCUAAGAAACUUACUGUGGAUUUACUGUAUAACACAAUGGCAGGAUCAACAUUUUAUAAAGCUGCUUAGUCAUUAAAGAUCACAUUUUGUAUGGUAAAAACAGAUAUUAUCUUACAGUUUGUGCAUUUUCAUACCAGUAUUUUUAUAAAGGUGAUUAUAUGCAUACUGUAGUUUCUAAAGGGUGCUUCAUCAGAUGUACUUUUUUCAUAACCGUUAGAUCCGAGAAACAUUUCUACAUUUUUCAGUAUACGUAAAACAUUCAUUUUACUGUACAUUUCGUAAGAUUUAUUGUAUUAUCUACAUUAAUGCAUUUGGCAGACGUUUUUAUCCAAAUCGGCUUACAGUGCAUUACAAGGUAUACAUUUUCAUUUACCAACGUGUGUUCCCUGGGCUCCCAUGACCUUUUGCGCUGCUAAUGCAACGCUCUACCACUGAGCUAUACAGGAGCACAAUGUAAUGUUUGACUUUGCCAAAAAAAUUCUCAUGUCAGUCCCAUUAAAUAAUGAUUUAAAGCUACAGCCGAAUAAUCAAAUUAACUCAUCCUCAAGCAAUCUGAGAUACACACCCAUCAUCUUUCAGACGAGCACAUUAGGAGUUAUUUUAGUAAAUGGCCUUAUAUUAAAGCAACACUAUGUAGUUUCCAUGUAAAAAUGACUUACAGCUCCCCCAUGUGGUUGAAAAGCGCAACAGUGCCUGGUAUCAGACACUCUUCUGCAGGCAGGGGGAGGGGGGGGGCUGUGUGCUCUACCCUCCACCACCACUUUCAGAGUGUGCUUGUAGCAGCUAGGAGGCUGCUCAGGUUGCAGCAACAGUACAAUUUGUCCAGUUAAAAGUUGUUCUAUCACUGAAAUAAUUUUAGAGACAUUAUUUAAAGGUAAAAAGACUACAUAGUGUUGCUUUAACAUAAAUAAAUACUUACAAGCUUUAUAAUGGGAGAAAACGGGGAUCAGGGAACAACCUCUGACUUUAAGCCCCAGUAAAGUGCAUUCAUCCUUCACAGAGGUAAUCCACACGGCUCCUAGGGGUUAAUAAAGGUCUUCUCUUUGGGUAAUCGGUGCGAUUUUGUAAGAAAAAUGUCAAUUUUUUUUUUAAACGUUAUAAACUAUAAGUGUGACCAUACGUGCCAUUCUUCCCGGACGGGUCCUGCCCAAGAUUCCGGUGCGUCUUUUGGAAGUCGUAUUUCUUGACCGCAUACGCCAUUCAGUUAAAAACAUAAGACAUACAAUCGUAGUUUCAUUCUUACCUUAAAGGGACAGUAAGUAAGUGUUUUAUUAAUCAAAAUCAAUGUCUUUAUUCAUAAAUAUGUCCUCAUUGGUGUCAAAUGAGCUCUGCCAAUAAUCUGACUUUUCUUUGUAAGCUUAGAAUUUCUUCUCUUUACUUACAUUGAACGGGUAAAUCCAAGGAGAUAUUGCUAAACUAUAAUAGCAGAGAGGGACAAAAAGCACUAACCUACCAACGGGUUUUAUUUCAGAACGGCUACAGUAGGUGCAACACGCAUUUGGAAAAGUGAGGCGCUAGAGAGCACGAUAAUGCAAAAUACAAUUUUACCACUAGAUGGGGGUAAAUCCUACUUAUUGUCCCUUUAAAAUGUAACGGUUGCUUUUCUGUAAUAAUAAUAUUAAUCCUCAAUGACGUAUGCGGUCGACAAAUACGACUUCUGGAAGACGCACCCGAAAUCCUGGCCAGGACGCAUCCGGGAAGAAUGGCAUGUAUGGUCACCCUAUAAUAACUAGCUUCUGGUAGUUGACGACACUCAUGACAACCAACGCUCACUACACGGAAACUCUUGAAUCGCAUGAGAUGGCGUUGUUACCAGAAGCUAGUUAUUACAGUUUAUAAAGGGAUUUCUUUUAUUUUUUAUUUGAUUUUUUUUUUAAGGCUGCGACGAUUAAUCGUGGAAUUUGCGUUUUCUGAAUGAAUUAAUUUUAAUGAAUUAUUUGGGCGUUUCACACAGUACGCACCAACCACGAGUGUUUAGUUCUUUUUCAAUAGGAGACAUGCGGAAAGUGGCACAACGGGGGCGGUUACAAAAUCCUAUUCCUGUUGCGGACACGGCUCUUCAUUGAAGAUACACAGAUUGGCAGUAAAUGCUGCACAAAACGCUUUCACUACACGAGAAAGCUGCAGCCGCACGGCGAUUUAGCCGCGUACCGUGUGAAACUCGGUACAUCCACAUCCAAAAGCCAGAGGGCGCUCUCGUGCAGAAACUCCAUUUGUGUUGCAGAAGAAGUAGCAUUACAAACACAGCUCCAGGAAAUGUCUAUAUUUACAUCACUGUUCUUCAAAUAGAUUCAGGUAUUAUUCAUGAUAAUAAAGAAUAUUUUGAAUGAUUGUGUUUGACGAGUGUUGCUUUUUUAAAUACACGUUAUCAACAACUCAAACUGAUAGUGAUUUUAGAUCGAUAAGGACUUCCUACUGAUUAAAGAGCCGUAUACACGCACAAGCUGCGCAUGAAUCGGAGUCUUGCGAUCCAGAAUCGAUUUCAGACAGAUCUUUUUAAUGGAAAACGCAAUGCAUCUCACAGCCCUAAUAUUUUUCUUUAAAAAAAUCGCAUCAAUUACCCGCAGUAGACCUUUAUUAACCCCUUCACUGCAAAAAAUUACUUUUUUUAGUAUUUGUGUCUUGUUUUCAGUAGAAAUAUCAACAAAUUCUUAAAUCAAGAUGUAUUUCUUCAUGAAGUCUAGUUUUUAGACAAAAACAUAAAAUUUAAGUGAAUUUGUGCUUAAUUAAAACAAGCUAAAUAAAUCUGCCAAAAGGGUAAGCAAAUGUUUCUUGAAUUAUGUGUUUAAGAAAAAAUAAAAAUUUUUUCUUACCCCAUUGGCAGAUUGUUUUUCUUAUUUUAAACACAUAUUCCCUUCAAUUUUAUGUUUUUUCUAAAAAUCAGACUUAUUAGGUAAUUUUUGCAGAGCCAUUACCAAUACUGCACCACUGUGCCAGGUUUUCUAUGUAUGCAAAAUGUCUAGUAUGCUAAAUUAUGGUAGUGUAGUAUCCCAUGGCGCUAUUCUAUAGUAUGUGAAAGAUCAUUCUUUGUAGAUAAUGUGUUUAAAUUCAUCAUUUUACAUUUACAGUCAUGGUUUCGCCGCGUGUAAAGUCCCAGAUCUACUGUAGCCAUAGUAUAGGUGAUGUUAAAUUUAUUAGUACCGUAUCUGAAAGCAGCUACCUCAACUAGUGAGCAGUUGUGUCUUGCUUGACUAGUUUUGAAAGGGCUGUGUAAUUUGCACUCGCUAAAUGUUUAACAAGCUGAAACUUAUUGAAAUGCAAACACAAUGUUACUCUGUUACCGUGUUAACAUAUGCAGUGUCAUAAGUAACCCAAGUUAACCAGCAGAAUGGUUUUCGUGGAAUUCCUACACUUUUAGGAAAGGUGCAAAACUGUCACUGGGGUGGUACACUUUAAAAUGUACAACUUUGUACCUAAAGAGUGCAUAUUAGUACCUCACAGGUAAAUAUUAGGAUCUUUUUAAAGGGCGCAGCCCUAGUAACAACUUUUGUACCUUUUAUCUCUAUGAGUGUGUAUAUCAUACAGUAUAAUAAAAGCCAACAAACCUAAGACCCUGCAAUAAAACAGGAAUGUCAUUUUUAUCUUUACAUGAUGUGUAAAUAUUUACAUUUAAAGCCAGUCAAUGUGUAAAUGAAAGUUAAAAUAAAGACACAACUUUUUUCUUUUUUUUUGAGAUUGUAAAUGAAAUUAUACUUUAAUGAACAACAAGUUGAUUGUGUUCAUAUCUUUAUGAAGAUGCUGUCUGCCUGGUAUGCAACAUAAUUUUAGCAUCCUUCAACAAAUUAAAAGACUUGAACCUGAAUAUUAUGUCAUAUAUGUGUAAAUAAAAAUAUUUUGUAUUGAAAAAUAAAGCAUUACUGCUUAAACAAA